UGAGAGAGAGAGAGUGAGAGUGAGAGUGAGAGGGAGUGUCUUUCACUCCUAACAUUCACUCCUAUUGAUAUCGGGCAUGCUCUCUCUCUAACACUGUCUCACUCUUGAGUCUUAACUCACACACAGACACUCUUUCUCUAGACUCCCUUUUGGUGUUAUUCCACGGCUAUGCUUAACUGGUCUUGGCAUUGUUCUGUCCGUCUUUUAUUUUUCCCUGCAGUUUUAUUGAUUAUUGGGGAAGUCUUUGCAGUCCUCUAAUCUCUAUGGAACAUACCUUAGUGUUUAUUAAAUUGAGCUGUUGAGUUUUGGUCUUGUAUAUUAGUGCUGUCUUUCAGCUGAAGAGAUUGGAGGACAUGAUUGCAGAGCCUUCCCGUCUGUUGGGUUUUUCUUGGAGUUCACUUCUCUGAGCUGAGAUCUAGUGGGGUAUGGCCAUUUUCGUUUUUCGAUCAUUUCUUUUAAUUCUGGCUUCGAAGGCAAGAGAAGAGUAAAGCUGUUGUUUUUAAUAAUUAUAAUGUUGCCCUUUCGUAUGCUACUUUACUUGUUUUUUGGGAGUCUGAAGAGACCAUUAGAUUCCUCGGGGUUAUAGGGGGUCUCACAUUGUUUCUUGGGGAUCCCGAUUGGUUUUUUGAGGUUUUUGUGAUUGUGAAGUUCAGAUCCAUGAUGGGUUGUUUGCCUUCCCAAAAAAUGAACUGGGGAUCUAAAAAUGUGACUAGAGAUGGAAUUGAACUUGGAUAAAAGCUGCACAGUUGGUCUGAGUCCGAAGACUGUUCUUUCGACUCAUCGAGAUUGCUCAAAUGUUGAAAAGAGAAAUAAGAAAGGGAAACCUGCACAUAGAGAUGAAUUAUUGAGCCUAAAGGAGGACUUCAUAGAGAUUAACUUUGGUCACUAUCGCAGAUCUUCUUGCAAAAGCAUUGCUAGUAGACCUGUUGGACUGGAAGCUAAAAUUGAGCUCAAACGAGGGUCCAUGUAUCAAAGUUCUGAAGAGGUAAGGACAAUGAAGAAAAUGGGCCCUGCUGAGGGAGGGAGAAAAUUUGAAAUUUGUUGUAGUAGAGACACUUCUUUCUCUUAUGGAAUGUUUGACUCAUUAUGUGGUUUAGAUGAGGCGGAACUGAAGAAGAGAUCUCCAAUGAUAGCUUUAAAUGGUUUAGAUGAGGAAGCCCUGGGGAAGAGAUCUCCAGUGAUGUCUUUGGAUUCAAACUUUAGUCCAACAUCCGUUGGCAAGCCUUAUAUAGAACCAUGUUCAUCAGAUGGCUUCAAUAAAAUUUGUCUCAAUUCAAAUGACGGGGAUGAACCUGCUGAUACUGUAGAGAAAGAUUCAGUGGAUGUAAAUUUUAGAAGUGAUGAAGCUGUUGGUACUCUAAAUGAUGGUAAUGACCUUGAGAGAGACACAGUUCGCUCAUUGCACAAGUCAAUGUCUGUGAAGGUGGAAAUGCCCCAUUUUCCUUCACCAUCAGAAAGUGAUUGCUCCUCCAGGGCCAGCUCAAAGCCCAGAUUUGGCCCUAUCAGAAAUAUGUUUGAUCCGUUCAAGAAGUCCAUAUCUUUGCGAAGUCCUCUAGGUUACAUUGUAGAAAGUGGUGGGCUCAAAACAUCUAGGACGACAAACACGAGGAGGAACGGAACAUCCAGAAAAUCUUUGCUGCGUGAUUUCUCAAAUACAGCAAAGGUAUCACAACCAGAUCCUCAGUUUGUCGAGAGAGAGAACCGCUGUUCAGUCAUUUCACCAGUUCACCUACAUGGCUGUCUCAAGUUGAAAUACAAACAUGGGGUGCCAUUUUUCGAGUUGUCACUGAAGUGCCCCGAAGAUGUAGUUGUUGCCAAAGCAUGGAAGACAGAUAAUGCUUUUAAGUGGGUUUAUACUUUUCAUUCCAUCGAUGGUAGAAAGAUGAGCAAUGCCAGUAUGUGGGGAUGGAAUAGUAGCAACAAAGAUUCCUCUAUGGUGGGACAGAUGCAAGUUUCCUGCUACUUACGUUCAGAACUAAAAGAUGGCGUCUUUUUUGACAAUUCUGUGGCGACAGAGUUUGUAUUGUAUGAUAUUGCACGUGCAAGACAAAGUAUUGCAGCUCAAGAAAAUGGUCUCAAAGGUUAUGAUCCAGGCUUGGUUAAGGAAACUUUUGUGGAUGAUGAUAGGUCUCAUCCAAUGAAGCUCAAACUACAACAAAGACAAGCCACUGAGAAAGGUGAUUUUGAUUCUUCAAAUUCUUACCCUUGGACAUCUGCAGAAUUGCAUCCAAACCUUGAGAUUGCAGCCAUUGUUAUACAAGUACCAUUUGAGAUGACAGAAAAAUCGACAUACAAGAGAGGGGAUAAGGUUAGUGACAAACUGAUUCCAAACCUACUUAAUCAUUCUAUGAUUGAGCAGAAAAAAGAGGACCUCCGUGAUGAUAGAAGUUCAGAAAAAGUGAAGGUAUUAAUUCCAACUGGAAGCCAUGGUUUGCCAAGUUCUGAAAGUGGAGGCCCUUCAUCAUUAGUAGAUCGAUGGAGAAUAGGUGGAGGCUGUGACUGUGGUGGCUGGGACAUGGCCUGCCCUCUCACUGUUUUAGGUAAUCCCUGUAUUCAAUGUGCUGAAGAUCAAGCAGUUCUGAAGAAUCGGCCUUUAGAGCUUUUUGCUCAGGGAGCGAAAGAGAAUACACCGGCACUGACCAUGACACUUAUCGAAGAGGGAGAAUAUUCGGUUGAUUUUCAUGCACAGUUAUCCACGUUACAAGCAUUCUCCAUUUGUGUUUCCAUUUUGCAUAGCACAGAAGCUACCACUAAUGCCAGGAGAGACAGAAACAUACAAUUAUCGCAAAACAAUUCUCUGAAAGUGCUUAUUGAUGAUGGAGUGAAGUUUUUAAUUGAAACAGACACAACAGAGAAGAAGAAGAACGUCACUAAGAUUGUAAAAGAAAUCCCACCAUCGUACUUUUCCAAUCCCCCGUUUUCUCCAAUAUCUCGAGUAUAAAAUAUAGACUCGAUCAGCUUCCUUGGUACAGCUGCAAUGGCUUCUCUGGCUACUCCAACAGAGAUUACCCCAACUUGAAAGGAUAUAUGAAGGACGGCAAUACUCUAAGGUGACAACAAGAGGUGCCGCUUCCCGAACACCAAGCUUCAGGGGUGCCUCAUUCAUUUACUGGAAUGGACUCAGCAGUCAGCUGUAUGCUCAGUAAACUGCAACAGGUGUCUUGGAGUUUACUGGACUGUUUGGAGAUUUAGGCUAGGCAUUGCCUGAGCCUGGGGGUAAUUUUCACAUAGGUGCCAAAAUGCUUUCUUUUGUUUUCUGUUUUUUAAAAUAUAGUAUUCAAUUCAUUCUUCAACUUCUAUAGCUAGAGCAGACCACAACAUUGUCUAUAUUGUAACUUGAUAGAGAGGGAAUAGCAGUGAUCAUUAGGUUGUGUAAUCCUUUAUCUUUUUCCUUCUUUGUAACACGAAUUAAUGAUAUAUGGUGUCAAGGAAAGUAGAUCAGAACUUUGUUCACAAGAAGCUUGUAUCUCUAUCUCCAGAACAAUAAUGAA